AUGGAACGGAUGUUUUCAAUUCUGGCUGUGGCCAGCGUGGCCUUCCGGGCUCCUUGCGCUGCCGCCGCGGCCGAGCCGAAACCUGCAUUCCCACGGCAGAUGAGUUACAAGUGCACAAUGCACGUUAGCGUGGACUCCCACGACCUCUUCGCAGGCAACAACUUCAGCGGGACGCACUACCUCAAUGCCGACCUCCAGGUGAUGAGGACCGAGUGGCUCAUGACUUGCCCUGGUGUCACCUGUGGUCGCUUUGGGCCCAACCCGACCUCCGUGGGCAUCAACGCCCACGGCCGGGAGCAGGUCGUGACGGUGAGAGUAAUCUCCGUUAGACCAUGCAAGAUCGCAGCACUAGAGCUUCCCUGGGAGGCGAUGUACCAAACCACUGUCAACGAGAGGUUACCACCAGGACCUGGCAAAGCACAGGCUGUGCAGUGCCACAAGCUGCCAUUGCACCAACCGGUCUUCAACGAAAGCUGGGCCGAUGGAGCCCUCUACCGGGGUGUUCACUACCUAGAUGGCCAGCUCUGCCAUCGGUGGUCCAACACAGUCCCUUGGGCAGUGCAGCGUGUGCAGCGCAUCUCGGACUUCUACUCAGACUUCUACACGAAUCUGCCGGUGGCCUCGAUCAGCGAGGACGGCGCCAUCGACCUGCGCUUCUUCGAUUUGAAUCUGCAGCUAAUGCCGGAGUCGCUCUUUGAUCCCACCGGACUCCAUUGCGGAGAAUGUGACGGCGAUUGCGGCCCAAACUUGAUGCUCGUGUAA